AUGAACGUACCGCCCCUUUCCGCUGUUCUCUAUAUCUAUAAACGAGGUCCAGAGGUACCUCUCAUCACUCUCCAACUCUUCGUCCCGGGUCAAAAGUAUCAGCAACAAUAUUACAACACUCAUUCUAUUCGUCCACUUUCAUCCAUCCAUCAAUCUAUUUUCCAGCCAUCCAUCUAUCCAUUUAUAUCCCAUAUUAGAGUUGGUCAUUUAUUCCGCCGUGCUACAUGCUCCAUCUUGACAGCUUUUCAUUCGACCAACUUCUACUAUAUCAUGGCUAUUGACAUUUCGAUGAGAAGGCAAAAGUGUUACAUAGCAAUGACAAAACCAAACGAAACCAGCGAUGACGACACGGCAUCAAUGCUGCCGUUGACAAAGACGACAAAAUUGAAGUUUGAGGGAGGCGACGAAAAGGGUGUGGCUUGCAGAGAUAGGUCGGUCGGUACAAUAGGUAUGUCAAAUGAGGUGUCGGUCAAGUCGAUGAAAUCGGUACUUUCAACCACCGAUGAUGCGUCAAUAUCACAUGAUAUCCAUAUGAAAUCUUCAUCCUCAACUGUCACCACUGUUAUUUUUUAUUGUUUCUUCUUGCACCAUUGA